UCCCCACACAUGGGGGAAUGGAGCGGGGAGCUGCCCGGCUGGGCUCAGUCCCCAGCGUCCCGCUGCCGGGCCAGGCUCGGAGCGGCUGCAGCCCGGACUGGCACCGGCCAUGGCCAAGCGGAGCUCGCUGUUCAUACGGGUCGUGGAGGGGAAGCACUUGCCAGCUAAGGACAUCACGGGCAGCAGUGACCCUUACUGCAUCGUGAAAAUCGACAAUGAAGCGAUCAUCAGGACGGCCACGGUCUGGAAGACAUUAUCCCCAUUCUGGGGGGAGGAAUAUGAGGUCCAUCUGCCGCCCACCUUCCACAGCGUCUCCUUUUACGUGAUGGAUGAAGAUGCACUCAGCCGCGAUGAUGUUAUCGGGAAAGUCUGUGUCACUCAGGACGUGCUGACUGCGCAUCCGAAGGGCUACAGUGGCUGGCUGAACCUGACCGAAAUCGAUCCCGACGAAGAGGUGCAGGGGGAAAUCCACCUCCAGAUCGAGAUCCUGGGCAGCGACGCGGCGAGGAAGCUGCGCUGUAGCGUGUUUGAAGCCAGGGACUUGGCUCGGAAAGACCGGAACGGCGCUUCCGAUCCCUUCGUCAGAGUUCGCUACAACAGCAAGACCCAGGAGAGCUCGGUGGUCAAGAAAUCCUGCUACCCCCGCUGGAACGAGACCUUUGAGUUUGACCUGGACGAGUCAGCCACAGAGAAGCUCUGCAUUGAGGUGUGGGACUGGGAUCUCGUCAGCAGGAACGACUUCCUGGGGAAGGUGGUGUUUAAUAUCCAGGGGUCACAGACCAUUCAGCAAGAGGAAGGAUGGUUCAGGCUGAGGCCAGAUAAAUCCAAGCCCAGAGUGGAUGAAGGCAACCUGGGCUCCCUGCAGCUGCAGGUGAGGCUUCGAGAUGAGACGGUGCUGCCAGGCAGUUACUACCAGCCUCUGGUCCAGCUGCUGUGCCAAGAAGUAAAAGCGGGGCCCAAGCAGGAUGGGAAGCUUCGCUUAAUCACCCUGAUCGACGAAACCACGACGGCGGAGUGCAGGCAGGAAGUGGCCAUCAACCUUGUCAAGCUCUUCCUAGGUCAAGGCUUGGCCAAAGAGUUCCUGGAUCUCCUCUUCAAGCUGGAGCUGGAUAAAACGGAUGAGCCAAACACGUUAUUCCGGAGCAACUCCCUGGCCUCGAAGUCGAUGGAAUCCUUUCUGAAGGUGGCAGGGAUGCAGUAUUUGCACAGCGUCCUGGGGCCGACCGUGAACCGAGUGUUUGAUGAGAAGAAGUACAUCGAGUUGGAUCCCAGCAAGGUGGAGAUUAAAGAGGUCGGGUGCUCCGGGCUCCAUCGGAUCCAGACGGAGAGCGAGGUGAUCCAACAGAGCACCCAGCACCUGCAGUCCUACCUGACCGACCUGCUCAUCGCCAUCGCCAAGUCGGUGAGGACGUGUCCCGCCACCAUCCGCGCCACCUUCAGGCAGCUCUUCAAGCGGGUCGAGGAGCGCUUCCCGGGGAACAAACACAAGAACGUGAAGUUCAUUGCUGUCACCAGCUUCCUCUGCCUCCGCUUCUUCUCUCCUGCCAUCAUGUCCCCCAAGCUCUUCCACCUGCGGGAGAAACAUGCAGAUGCCCGCACCAGUCGGACCCUGCUGCUCCUAGCCAAGGCUAUCCAGACCGUGGGGAACAUGGACGCUGCGGCCAGCCGGGCCAAGGAAGGCUGGAUGGCCCCUCUGCAGCCCACCAUCCAGCAGAGCAUCUCCCAGAUGAAGGAGUUCAUCACCAAGCUCAUAGACCUCGAGGAGAAGGAAGAGGUGGACCAGCCGAAGGCACAGACGCUGGUUGUGAAGGAGGGGCCUUUAUUCAUCCACAAGAGCAAAGGCAAAGGGCCGCUGUUGUCAUCUUCCUUUAAGAAACUCUACUUCUCGCUGACGAGCGAGGCCCUCAGCUUUGCCAAGACGCCCAACUCCAAGAAAAGCUCCUUCAUUACCCUGUCCAACAUCCGGGCGGCCGAGAAGGUGGAGGAGAAAAGCUUUGGCAGCUCCCACGUGAUGCAGAUCAUCUAUGCUGACGAGGCGGGACAGUUGGAGAUGGCCUAUCUGCAGUGCAAGUGUGUCAAUGAGCUGAACCAGUGGCUCUCGGCCCUGAGGAAAGUCUGCGUUAACAACGCCGAGAUGCUGGGCUCCUAUCACCCAGGAGUGUUCAAAGGAGACAAAUGGAGCUGCUGCCACCAAAAGGAUAAAACAGGUUUGGGAUGUGAUAAAACCCGGCAUGGAGUCACUCUGCAGGAAUGGAAUGACCCCCUGGAUCCAGAUCUAGAGUCUCAGUUAAUUUUUAGACACCUGUUUGGAGUUAGAGACUUAAUGAGGGAAAAGUAUCUGGAGAUGUUGACGGAGAAAAAUGAAAAUGUUCUUCUGCGCCAAAGUGGAGGCCCCGAAAAUGUGGACGGACCCACAAGGCUAUUCCAGGUGCUGCAGGACCUCGAAGACGCCCAUCACACAGCCGUCUUCAGCUCAGGCACCCUAGCUGACCGGGACAGAAACUGCCUCCUGGAGCUGCAGACGUGACUCCUGGAGUGAACCACUCCGUCGCCUUUCACUCUGCUCACUUGGUCCUGCUGCGUCCAUCAGAGCUGCCAACACUAGACAUCUUUGCAAUGGGAACUCCCUCGACACCGUGUGCUCUCACCAUCACCCCGCUGCUCAAAAAGCCAUGCCAUGGACUUCUGCCAGCUUAGCAUGUCUCCAUUAGUGAGCGGCUUGUCAAUGACCCUCUUGUGCUCUCGCUAGUCCCCAGAGCGGGAUGGGGGCCUGUGCAGAAGCUUUCACGUCUCACCUCUGCCAGGGUUGCACUAGGGAGUCUCUCUCCACUAUUAUUUUCACCUUUCAGUCAAGGUCCAGCUGUUUUGUCAAGCUUGGUCUGAUGUGUAAUCGUAGCUCCUCAAUGCAACCUUAUAUCUGAGCUGCUCCACCCUGGGUUUGAGACACCAGGGUCAAGAUGACUCAGUGGAGCACUGAAGCCAGUAGUGACGGAUCCACAGAAGAGGAGGGGGAAUCUCUUAAGGCAGGGGACCGGGAGUCAGGUGGCUUGGAUUCCAUAUGCUCUUCUGCCACUGACCCACAGUGUGAGCUGGGGCAAAUCAUUUGACCCUGCUGUGUUCCUGAGUUUCCCCAUCUCUGAAAUAGGGAUGAUGAGCCUUCCCCUCCUUUGUUAAAGUGCUUUGCAAUCCUCUGAUGAAAGGCGCAAUGGAGGUGCAGAGUAUUCAUUAACUGGAGAUGCUGGCUGACGCCUGGAAUUUGUAACCAACGUCCCUGAGCUGCACAUCCAUCCGUCUCACUGGGUUGUUGAAUGAACAUGAAUAUGGACAAGUCUUGAGUCAGCACCUCAGACCCCAUUGCAUGGUAUGUGGCUGCUCAGUGACCAUUCCACACCUUGAGGAAGAAGAGAUGGGGAAGUGGUUCGUUAGAGCAGCUGAUUCUGAGCCAGGCCUCCUGACUCUAUCCCACCUCUCCCCACCCUGGGUAAAUUGCUGGGUUUUAGAAGCACUUGGCAUCCACCUGCAAGAGUCAGCGAGAGCUGGAGGGGCUCAGCACCUCUGAAAGCCAGGGCCUUGACCUCUGUGUCUGUUUUCUGAUCUGUAACUGCGGAUAAUAUAUAUUCGGCUAAACCAAGUUCUCAGUUGCAAUCCCAUUGGCAGUCACUGAAGGCAGAUUUUCACUCCCCAUGCCUAUCUCCCAGGGGUCUUGCAAAGCUUACUUACCUGUCACGUGGUUCUUGAUCCCAGGAAAUGUAAAAUACUAUCUGUAUAAUGGUUUCCUGUCCAAAAAGUGCUCUCACAUCCCUGGCGAAAGGUGCUAUAGAAAUGCAGGCUGGCCACUACCCCGUAUGCCGCAUUUCAGGCCCAGGUAAACAGAUGCUCUGAAACGAUUGAGCAGGUGGCCUGGCUGUUACGGCUGGUGCUGGUUAUAAACAGUCUGGUUCAUGGCCAUUUGGGGGUCAGAACAGUGCACCUGCUGUAUCACAUGGCCCCUCCAAUGAACUGGAUGGAGAAUACACAGGUUAGACCUGCUGUUCUGCGCAAUAUUAUCAUUUAGCGCAGCACAUGGAGUCAGCACAAUCUAGCAGCCUGGUGGAGGGACCCAAAUACCCAUCCAUUUGCCACAGAAAAUUUGUCCCUUUGGUAGUUGAUCAGAUUGCAUGCGGGGCCAGGGCUGGUGCGCUCGUCGCAGAGGUGGCUUAGCCCUGAUCAGGUGCAUGUGACCUAAGGAAAUAGACUCCAGAGCAGACCGGUGUCAAAGGGAGUAACCAGGGCAUAUGUCUUCCCAUCCACUGUACAGAACCAAUGCUAGAGAAACAGCUGUGUAUUUGAAUGUACAAUAAACACCUCUUUUACCAUGA